GUGUGUGUGUGCGUGUGUCUGUGUGUGUGUGUGUGUGUGUGCGUGUAGCUGACCUGUCUGCAGGAUUUCUUCGGGGACGACGACGUGUUCAUGGCGUGCGGGCCGGAGAAGUUUCGGUAUGCUCAGGACGACUUUGUGCUCACGCACAGCAGCAAAACGCCAACUUUUGUUAGUGAGUGCAGAGCCAAAGCCUCUCGCUCCACCGCCUCGCCGAAAACUCCCAAGACCCCCAGCGGCUCCGGCUUCUCCUCCAAGACCCCAUCCAAAGGCCUGCCCAGGACCAAGUCUCCGGGUCCAGCCAAUGAGGCGUCAGGAUCGCAGACGGCGGGGAAGUCGUCCAGGUCGAGCCCCUCCCCCACCAGCCCCGGGACACGACGCAACCUCAAG